AUGUGAAGCCGAGGUACUUCCUACUGAUCAGUACUUUUUUUGUUUCCACGCUCUACACAAAGUCAGGCAGGAUUCUUUAUCUCUGCUGAUCCGUCUGGAGGGAGUCGCCGUCUUAUCGCUGACCUGACGGAGAAAAACCCCUUCCUCUUUACGUCACUGAAACACGUCUGCGAGUCCACAGACGUGAAAACCACUUAAAACCUCCUCACUGAAGAGAAGCUGUUGGAUUGAAGGUCCGAGCAGCAGGUGUGUAAUGAUUUACAAAAAAUGAGAAGAAGAAGGAGGAAGCAGAGAAUUCUCUGUAAACAGCCAUCGAUUUUCUGUUAAAUAAAAAAUAAAAAAAGGAAAAUUGAAGCCUGAACAAAUGGAGAGAAUGGAGAAAAAGUCUUUGCUGUUUCUACUGGUUGUGCUUCAAAUCUGCAGCAUCAGGUCGAAUAGCUGUUCAAACCAAAAACAGGAUCAAGACCUCACCUGCUACACUGACUACGAUCACAACAUCACAUGUGUCUGGAACAGUACGAACGACUUUGGACGCACAGAUGCUACAUGCGAGCUACACGGCAGAAGAAUCAAUCCUAACACAGCGAGUCGUGCUUACUCCGCUCACUGUGUCAUGGAGCCCGGUCCGGAGCAGAGAACGUGCAACCUGGAUUUUAACAAGCCUGGAAAUUUUCAGAUCUUUCACUGGCUGAACAUCACCCUGAAGUGUGGCCACACGGAGCCAUACGUGACGAUGCUCUUCAAUCCAUCUUGUCACAUAAAGCUCCAUCCACCUGCAAAACCACACAUCAACUUCACAACAGUUUCCUGGUUCUCUCAAGUGAAGAAGCACAUAGAGAUCGGAAACUUCAACUGUGAGCUGCAGUGGAAAAGAUGGGAUCAGGAGUGGAAGAAUACGAAGACCACGUCGUGUAAGUGGAACUGUAUGGCGGAGCUGGACCCGGAUUUACUGGUUGAAGGACAAACAUACAAAGCACGUGUUCGAGUUCGGGCUAACGAAAAAUGGUCCGGCUCGGUGUGGAGUGAGUGGAGUCCCACUUCGUCAUGGGUGUCUCCCAUUGGAGAGGCGGAACCGGCAUUACCUACGAUGCUAACUGAUUUCACCUGGGGUAAAUUGGGCAUGGUUAUUGUUGGAGCAGCCACGGCCCUGGUUCUGGGCAGCAUUCUCUUUAAAAACGACAAAGUCACUUGGGUCUACAAGAAGAUCAAGGGUUACCCGCCACCAGAUCCUGCAAAAUCUUUCCUGAAAGACCCAAGUUUCAAGGGUUGGUGGAGCCCCCACUUCACCACCAUGUCCCUCGAUUCCACCUUAAAUAAAGAAGAAAUCGUCCCUGUACAAAUAAUCUCCUCUGCGGAUGCUGUCCAGGUCUGCAGCAAAGACGCCGCCCUGUUGGAGAAGACGAGAAGUGAGCGCAGCUUUAAAUCGAACAGAGCCAGUUUCUCCAAUCCCAUUUACCCGCACUUGUGUACGUCUUCUCCCAAAGCCUCUCCGAGUUCAGGGACUCGGAAGCAGAGUGACUUUGAUGAAGCACGCGUUCGGAAAGAUGACGAGGAAGACCGAGUCAAAGAACUUACGAUCCGACAGUUGCUUUCCUGCAGCCACAGAAGCGAGGCGGUGCAAGUGGUCUCAGACUACGAGAAGGUUGAGAAGCGAGACUCUGGUCAGGGUCUGGACUCAGUGGGGUGCACUGGUGGACAGCUCAGUCAGGACAGCCUGGAGGCAGAAUGCGUCAGUGCAGCUGAUGAAGACAGUGACGAGGCAGCGAGGGAGGCGAAAGACAAGGCGCACGAAACAGAUGCAGUUUUUCAGAAACUUUUCGGAGUUGGAGUGGGGAACGUUUUUGGCACCGGUUCUGUUACGGUUUGUUCCGAUUAUGAGAAAAUCCAAAAGCUGGAGCCCAGCAGUCCUGAACUUCCUAGUCUGGACUCCGGAGUCAGCUGUGAGGGUGAGGAUGAGGAGCAGCUCAGUCGUGAGGAGAGCCCAGAAGACUUAGACCUGUCCGGUGAAUCCACAAAAGUCCUGUCCUCCACACCUUUGCUCCCCAGUGUCCUGCCCACUCCCAUUUUUACUUUUCCACAGGGGGCGCUGAAGUGCAAUCCAUCAGGCUUCUUUCCGACUUCAGGCCUCAGUGAUAUCAAAUGGAGACUGGACCUGACAUCAGUGCCUAAGUCCACAGAACCUUCCGGUGAUGGCUACAUGCCGGUGAAGCAGCAGGUGAAAUAAAGCUGCCGUUAGCUCCUGGACUGGACUGCUGUUUUCGAAAGUCGCAAAUUAUAACUUGGCACCGCUGCAUUUCUCCGUUAUUAUCAUGAAUUACUUCAUUGAAAAUGUUUUUGUUUUUAUUGUAUUUGCAAUUUAUUCACUUUAUGAAUCUGCUAUGCUUCAAUAAUAAAGUGAUGACGUUCUGCCACCAA